GUCAUGGAGGACACACCUGCUGAGGAUAGGAGACUGGACUUUAUUUCGGACUACGUGCUCAGGACUCUGAAACUUAAACAGGACAAAUGGCAGAAGUGUUUGUGCAGUGAGGAGAACCGGCAGCUGCUGCAGGAUUUCUUGGACAGACCCGAUCAGAGGACCCUGGUGGUGUCUGUGACUGCAGCCGGACUCCUGCAGCCCUCCGCCGGCUUCACAGGAUCCAGACACAAGGCGGUGUACUUUAUUAAACAGAACAAAACAGCACUGAGUGCAGAAACCAUGAAGGAAAAUCUGGUCUAUGGGGACCUGUCCUACGCUCCACUGGAUCAGUUUUCUGCUCUGGUUGAGGAGGUUGUGGCUCCUCUGCUGUCGAACAGCAGGAAUCACGCUGAAUGGCCUCAGGUGGUCUCUCAGGACAUCAGACGCCAUGUCCACUCCCUCAAAACCAAUGUGUUCGUGGUGUCGGGCCAAGUCCAAGGCAAGACUCUGCUGCCGCUCCCUGCAGGCUCAGAGAGAGUGGAGCAGGCCACCCUGGAGACGGACACCAGGAGGGAAAUGAUGGACAAAAGCAUCAUCCACUCCUUGGAGUCGGCUGUGAUUGAGUGGAGCCAUCAGAUCCGAGCCGUCCUGAAGAAAGACUCCUCUGAGGCUCUGCUGGAAGGCAAAAACCCCACGCCGCACACAGAGCUGCUCUUCUGGAACAACAGAUGUGCAGAUCUUGAGUGCAUCCACUCUCAGUUAAAGUCCUCUAAGGUGAAUAAGAUGGGGAUGCUGUUGGAGGCUGUGGAGAGCAGCUAUUCACCUGCUUUUACCAACAUGAAACAGGCCGUCCUCACAGCCCUGGAGGAGGCAAAGGACAUCUGCACCCACUUGAGGCCCCUGCAGCGCCUGUUUGAGGACAUGGAGAACGCUGAGUUCCCCGAAGUCAGGGGUCAGAUCGGCCCUUUGAUGCACACAGUGUGCCUGGUGUGGGCAAACUCCAGAUACUACAACAACCCAGCACGCCUCAUCGUUCUGCUGCAGGAGACCUGUAACCUCCUCAUACAGCAGGCCCGGGUGUAUCUGGUUCCGGAGGAGGUUCUGAGAGGAGAGGUUUUAGAGAGUCUUCUGAAAGUGCAGACGAGUCUGGAUGUCCUGCAGCUCUUAAGGACGACCUACGAGGACCGCAGAGCCAAUCUGAACCAGUACCAGAGGAACGGGAGCCGUGUGAGGCCCUGGGACUUUUUACCACUGUUGGUCUUCUCUAGACUCGAGCUCUUUAUUAACAGAGUCAGGUCCAUUCGGGACAUCCUGUUGACAGCUGUGGACCUUCUGAAGCUGGAGAAAUUAGAGAUCGGAGGCGUCCGAGGCCGAGCCCUCAGCCAGCAGGUCCAGCUGCUUCACCAAGAGUUUGUGGACGAUCACAAAUCAUUCACAGAGAAAUCAUAUGACUGCCUGGACCUCAACAACCAGGAGUUUGAAGAAGAUGUGAGGGAGUUCAGGCUGAAGCUGGACGACACAGACCGACGAUUAGGAGCUGUCUUCUGUCAGGCCUUUGAGGACGCCUCAGGACUGGAGCACGCCUUCAAGGUGCUGGAUAUGUUUGGUUGCCUACUGGAGCGCCCCUUAGUGGCAGCAGAUGCUCAGGACAGAUACCCUCAGCUUGUCUCCAUGUUUGACAAAGAGCUGGACUGCUGCAAACUCCUUUACAACAAACACAUCAUGGCUGCAAAGGACCUGGGUUGUUCUCCAGUUAAUAAGAACAUGCCAGCGGUCGCUGGCGGGCUGAGAUGGACUCAGGAGCUCCAGCAGAGAAUCCAGACCCCUUUGUCCAAACUCCGACACCUCUCCUACCCGUGUUUGGAGUCCGCAGAUGGAGCGAGGGUCAUCCACAAGUACGAGGAGAUGAUGCAACUGCUGGACAGAUACUCCAGCAGCCUGUACGAGACCUGGACAGAGAGCGUGGGCGAGAGAUCUCAGUUCAACCUCAGCCUGCCGUUAAUCAGCAGAGACCCCGAUACUCAGCUGAUCUCCGUCAACUUCAAUACGCAGCUGGCGUCCGUGCUGAGGGAAGUGAAGUAUUUGGAGGCCAGACAGACCGAGGCCAUCCCUGAAACUGCACUGCAGAUCUACACCACCAGGGGGCAGCUGUGGCAGUAUGUGUCCAACCUGGAGCUCACCGUGGGCAGAUACAACAAGGUGAUACUCUCUGUGCUCUCUGUGGAGAAACCUCUGGUUCAGGGCCAGCUCAGGGACAUCAACGCUCAGCUCAAGCAGGCCGAGGAGAGUCUGAACUGGAACAGUGAAGGUGUUUGGCCGUACAUCCAACAAGUGCGGGACUCCGUCUGUGACCUGGAGACUCGACUGCAGAGGAUCAAGGACAACGUGGAGGAGAUCCAGAGCUGCAUGAAGUCCUGGGCCACCCCCAUGUUUGACAGGAAGGAGGGUAAAAAGGAGGCGCUGCUCAGUCUGGAGGACCGAACAGAGAGGCUGGACCGGUUCUACGGUCUGAUCCGGUCCUCUGGAGAGAAGAUCCACUUUCUGCUUAAGAGUAACCUGGAUCUGUUUAGAGCCGAGCCGACCUCUGACGAGUGGAAGGCCUACGUGGAGUUCAUCGACGACAUGAUCAUCGAUGGGUUCUUCAACAGUGUCGAGUGCUCGCUCAAGUUCUUCCUCGACAACACAGACCAGAGAUCAGCUAUAGCUCCUCUGUUUGAGGCUCAGCUGGACCUGAAGGUUCCUGACAUGGUGUUCACUCCCUCUCUGGAGUUUGGAUCCAGAGACAGUUUGUUAGACCUGGUUGAGAGUCUCAUCAACGACGUGUUCAGGAUCUCCUCACUGGUUCCACGCCUCGCCCAGCACAGCCCCUUCCCUCAUUACCAGGCUGACAUGGAGGACAUGGCUGAUCUGGCUGACAUGCGGCAGCUCCUCAUGGAGCGCGUGCAGGGCAUCAUGGCGACGUGCUGUGAGUUUAGAAACUCUCUGGAGCGUUACAGCUACCUGUACGUCGACGACAGGAAAGGCUUUAUGCGUCAGUUCCUGCUGUAUGGACACGUCCUCAGCAGCCAGGAGACAGAGGGUUACCCUGAAGACGGCGUCUCAGAGAGCCCGCCCACGCUGGAUCACUUCAGACAGCAGGUCGACGGGUAUGAGAAGAUCUUCGAGGAGGUCCAGGCUCUGGAGCCGGUUCAUGUGUUCCACGGGUGGAUGAGGGUGGACGGUCGGAGCAUGAAGAGCUGCCUGCUCAACACUAUCAAAAAGUGGAGCUUCAUGUUCAAACAGCAUCUCAUCGACCACGUUACCAACAGCCUGUCCGAUCUGGAGCAGUUUAUAAGAGUGGCUGAGGCCGGCCUGAGCCAGCGGGUGGAGGAGGGCGACUACGGUGGCCUGGUGGGGGUCAUGGGUGACCUGCUGGCUGUUAAGGAAAGACAAAGUACAACAGAUGCCAUGUUUGAGCCUCUUCAGCAAACUAUCACUCUGCUGAAGGUGUACGAGCAGGAGCUGCCUGACGUAGUCUACAAACAGCUGGAGGAGCUGCCAGAGAAGUGGAACAAUGUGAGGAAGCAGGCCGUCCUAGUCAAACAGCAGGUGGCUCCUCUUCAGGCCAUCGAGGUCACAAACCUGAGGAGAAAGUGUGCGUCCUUCGACGUGGAGCAGCACACCUUCAGGGAGCACUUCCGCAGCAACGGGCCCUUCAGGUUUGACAGCAGGAGCCCCUACCAGAUGUUGGACGCGUUCCACCGGCAGAUCACGGAGCGGGAGGCGGUGAUGGCCUCCCUGGUGGAGUCUGCCAGUCUGUUCGAGGUCACCGUCUCUGAGUACAAGCAGCUCCGACAAUGCAGGCGUGAGGUGGGCCUACUGAAAGAGCUGUGGGACAUGAUCACAGUCGUGGAGUCAUGCAUGGCGGCAUGGAGGACGACGCCCUGGAGGGAGAUCCACGUGGAGGACAUGGAGCUGGAGUGCAAACGAUUCUCCAAAGAUAUACGAGGGCUUGAUAAAGAGGUCAGAGCCUGGGACGCCUUCACAGGUUUGGACAGCAGAGUAAAGAACCUCCUGAUCUCUCUGCGGGCCGUGGCGGAGCUCCAGAACCCAGCCAUACGAGCCCGACACUGGCACCAGCUGAUGGCUGCCACAGGAGUCCGCUUCACCAUGGACCAGGAGACGACCUUGGCCGACCUGCUGCAGCUGAACCUGCACUGCUUUGAGGAGGAGGUCAGAGGCAUCGUGGAUAAAGCUGUGAAAGAGAUGGGGAUGGAGAAAGUCCUCUCUGAGCUCAACUCCACCUGGACAGGCAUGCAGUUCCAGUACGAGCCUCACCACAGGACCGGGAUUCCUCUGCUGCGCUCAGACGAGGAGCUGAUCGAGACGCUGGAGGACAACCAGGUUCAGCUGCAGAACCUCAUGUCAUCCAAGUACAUCGCCCACUUCCUGGAUGAGGUGUCGUCUUGGCAGAGCAAGCUGUCCGUGGCCGACUCUGUCAUCUCCAUCUGGUUCGAGGUGCAGCGGACGUGGACUCACCUGGAGAGUAUCUUCAUCGGCUCGGUGGACAUCCGCUCACAGCUGCCGGAGGACUCGAGGCGCUUCGAGGGGAUUGAUGCUGAUUUCAAAGAGCUGGCAAACGCCGUGCAUCAAACACCCAACGUGGUGGAGGCCACGAAUAAACCCGGCCUUUUUGGUAAACUGGAGGACAUCCAGAGCAGGCUCUCUCUGUGUGAAAAAGCUUUGGCAGAGUAUCUGGACACCAAGCGUCUGGCCUUCCCGAGGUUUUACUUCAUCUCUUCCGCUGAUCUGCUGGACAUCCUGUCUAACGGGACCAACCCACACCAGGUCCAGAAGCAUCUGUCUAAGCUGUUUGACAACAUGGCCAAGAUGAGAUUUGAAGCAGAUGAAGAGGGGAAUCCUUCUAAGAUCGGUCUGGGCAUGUACAGCAAAGAGGAGGAGUACGUCUCCUUUAAUCAGACCUGCGACUGCACCGGACAGGUGGAGGUGUGGCUGAACCGGGUCCUGGACACCAUGCGCUCCACAGUCCGACAUGAGAUGACGGAGGCUGUGAUGGCCUACGAGGACAAACCCAGAGAUCAGUGGCUGUUUGAUUAUCCAGCUCAGGUGGUGCUCACCUGCACUCAGAUCUGGUGGACGUCUGACGUGGGCAUGGCAUUCGCCCGUCUGGAGGAGGGCUACGACAACGCCAUGAAGGAGUACUACAGGAAGCAGGUGUCCCAGCUCAACACUCUCAUCUCCAUGCUGAUUGGGCAGCUGACACCUGGAGACCGGCAGAAGGUCAUGACCAUAUGCACCAUCGACGUCCACGCCAGAGACGUGGUGGCCAAGAUGAUCGCUCAGAAGGUGGAGAACUCUCAGGCCUUCGUGUGGCUCUCACAGCUCAGACACCGCUGGGAUGAGAAGGAGAAGCAUUGUUUGGCCAACAUUUGUGACGCUCAGUUUCUCUACUCCUAUGAAUACCUGGGCAACACACCUCGACUGGUCAUCACACCUCUAACAGACAGAUGCUACAUCACCCUGACCCAGUCCCUCCACCUGACCAUGAGCGGAGCUCCGGCGGGACCCGCAGGCACCGGGAAGACUGAGACUACCAAAGACCUGGGCAGAGCGCUCGGCAUCAUGGUCUACGUGUUUAACUGCUCCGAGCAGAUGGACUACAAGUCCUGUGGGAACAUCUACAAAGGCCUGGCUCAGACGGGGGCGUGGGGCUGCUUCGACGAAUUCAACAGGAUCUCAGUGGAGGUUCUGUCUGUGGUGGCUGUCCAGGUGAAAAGUAUCCAGGACGCCAUCAGAGACAAGAAGCAGAGGUUUAACUUCAUGGGGGAGGAGGUGAAUCUUUGUCCGACUGUCGGCAUCUUCAUCACCAUGAAUCCAGGAUACGCCGGCAGGACGGAGCUGCCCGAGAACCUCAAGGCUCUGUUCAGGCCGUGUGCCAUGGUGGUGCCAGACUUCGAGCUGAUCUGUGAAAUCAUGCUGGUGGCCGAAGGUUUCCUCAACGCCCGGGUCCUAGCUAGGAAGUUUAUCACCCUGUACACGCUGUGUAAAGAGCUGUUGUCCAAACAGGAUCACUACGAUUGGGGCCUCCGAGCCAUCAAGUCCGUCCUGGUGGUGGCCGGCUCUUUGAAGAGAGGAGACCCGGGCCGAGCGGAGGACCAGGUCCUGAUGCGAGCGCUCAGAGACUUCAACAUCCCAAAGAUCGUGACGGACGACAUGCCGGUGUUCAUGGGGCUGAUCGGUGACCUGUUUCCAGCCCUGGCUGUCCCGAGGAAGAGGGACCUGGACUUUGAGAAACAUGUGAAGGAGUCCAUCCUGGAUUUAAAGUUACAAGCCGAGGACAACUUUGUUCUCAAGGUGGUGCAGCUGGAAGAGCUUUUGGCUGUGCGUCACUCUGUGUUUGUGAUCGGGAACGCGGGCACAGGAAAGAGUCAGGUGCUGAGGUCGCUCCAGAGGACCUAUCAGAACAUGAAACGUCGACCCGUGUGGGCGGACCUUAACCCGAAGGCUGUGACCAAUGACGAGCUGUUUGGCAUCAUCAACCCGGCGACCAGAGAGUGGAAAGAUGGCCUCUUUUCUAACAUCAUGCGUGAGCUGGCCAACGUCAGUCACAACGGACCAAAGUGGAUUGUUUUGGAUGGAGACAUCGACCCAAUGUGGAUUGAGUCACUCAACACAGUCAUGGACGACAACAAGGUUCUCACUCUGGCCAGUAACGAGCGGAUCCCUCUGAACCCGACUAUGAGGCUUCUGUUUGAGAUCAGCCACCUCCGUACGGCUACACCCGCCACUGUGUCCAGAGCAGGUAUUCUGUACAUAAACCCAGCAGACCUGGGCUGGAACCCGCCGGUCUCCAGCUGGAUUGACAGACGGGAGGUCCAAUCAGAGAAGGCCAACCUGACCAUCCUGUUCGACAAGUACCUCCCCUCCUGCCUGGACACCCUGAGGUCGAGGUUUAAGAAGAUCAUCCCCGUCCCGGAGCAGAGCCUCGUCCAGAUGCUGUGCUACCUGCUGGAGUGUCUGCUGACCCCCGAAAACACGCCGCCGGACUGCGCCAAAGAACUUUACGAGCUCUACUUCGUCUUUGCAGCGGUCUGGGCAUUUGGGGGGGCCAUGUUCCAGGACCAGCUGGUCGACUACAGAGUGGAGUUCAGCAAGUGGUGGGUGGCCGAGUUCAAAACCAUCAAGUUCCCGUCGCAGGGCACCGUGUUCGAUUACUACAUCGACCCCGAGAGCAAGAAGUUUGAACCCUGGUCCAAGAUGGUGCCCAGGUUUGAGAUGGACACAGACACACCUCUGCAGGCCUGUCUGGUCCACACUACAGAGACCAUUCGCGUUCGGUACUUCAUGGACCGCCUCCUGGAACAUCGUCGGCCCGUCAUGCUGGUCGGGAACGCCGGGACGGGGAAGUCUGUUCAGGUCGGAGACAAACUGGGAUCGCUGGACUCUGAGAAAUACAUGAUUAAAAAUGUCCCGUUUAACUAUUACACCACGUCUGCUAUGCUACAAGCGGUGCUGGAAAAGCCCCUUGAGAAGAAAGCAGGGAGAAACUACGGCCCUCCAGGCAGCAGGAGACUGAUCUACUUCAUCGACGACAUGAACAUGCCAGAAGUGGACGCAUAUGGCACUGUGCAACCGCACACGCUCAUACGCCAACACAUGGACUACAACCACUGGUAUGACCGUAAUAAGCUGCUUCUGAAGGAAAUACACAACGUGCAAUACGUGUCCUGCAUGAACCCCACGGCCGGCAGCUUCACCAUCAAUCCACGACUGCAGCGGCACUUCUGCGUCUUCGCCCUGUCGUUUCCCGGAGCCGAGGCCCUGAGCACCAUCUACACCUCCAUCCUGACGCAGCACCUGCGAGGAGACGGCUUCAACCCCACCCUGCAGAGGAGCUGCCCCACUCUGGUGCAGUUAGCCCUCGCACUGCACCAGCGCGUCUCCUCCACCUUCCUCCCCACGGCCGUCAAGUUUCACUACAUCUUCAACCUGCGAGACCUCUCCAACAUCUUCCAGGGCAUUCUCUUCUGUACCGCCGAGUGUCUCAAAGCCCCUACGGACCUGCUGAAAAUCUACCUGCACGAGUCCAGCCGGGUCUACAGAGACAAGCUGGUGGAGGAGCAGGACUUCCAGGUCUUUGAUAAGCUGCAGGCGGACACAGUGAAAAAGUUCUACGAGGACAUGGAGGAGACUCUGGAUCAGACCAGAGAGAUGAACCUGUACUGCCACUUCGCCCGAGGGCUUGGGGAGUCCAGGUACAUGCCUGCAGACUCCUGGAGCAGCCUGAACAAAACCCUGCUGGAGGUUCUGGACAGCUACAACGAAGUCAACGCCACGCUGAACCUGGUGCUGUUUGAGGACGCCAUGGCUCACAUCUGCCGUAUUAACAGGAUCCUGGAGUCUCCGCGGGGAAACGCGCUGCUGGUCGGAGUGGGCGGCAGCGGCAAGCAGAGUCUGACCCGACUGGCUGCCUUCAUCUCCAAUCUGGAGGUUUUCCAAAUCACCUUGAGAAAAGGCUACAGCAUCGCCGACCUGAAGGCCGACCUGGCGUCCCUCUACAUCAAAGCUGGCGUGAAGAAUAUUGGCACCGUGUUCCUGAUGACUGACGCCCAAGUGGCAGACGAGAAGUUCCUCGUUCUGGUCAACGAUCUGUUGGCAUCGGGAGAGAUCCCUGACUUGUUCCCCGAUGACGAGGUGGAGAACAUCAUCGGUGGCGUGAGGCCAGAGGUCCGAGGCUCGGGACUGAUGGACACACGGGAGAACUGCUGGAAGUUCUUCAUCGAUCGAGUCCGCAGACAGCUCAAGGUAGCUCUGUGUUUCUCUCCGGUGGGGAGCAAACUGAGGGUUCGCAGCAGGAGGUUCCCCGCCGUGGUGAACUGCACAGCCAUCGACUGGUUUCACGAGUGGCCACAGGAGGCGCUGGAGUCCGUCAGCCUCAAGUUCCUGCAGGAGGUGGACAAUGUCGAACCUCAGGUGAAGGACUCGGUGAGUAAAUUCAUGGCCUACGUCCACAUGAGUGUCAACCAGACGUCCAAAGACUUCCUGGCCAACGAGCGGCGUUAUAACUACACCACGCCCAAGUCGUUCCUGGAGCAGAUCAAGCUGUAUCGCAGCCUGCUCGGACAGAAGAGCAAGGACCUCGCCACCAAGAUGGAGCGGCUGGAGAACGGCCUGCAGAAGCUCAAAGGCACCUCCGCUCAGGUGGACGACCUCAAGGCCAAGCUGGCGGCUCAGGAAGUGGAACUGAAGCAGAAGAACGAGGACGCUGACAAGCUGAUCCAGGUUGUCGGGAUAGAAACAGAAAAGGUGUCCAAGGAGAAGGCAGUGGCUGACGAAGAAGAGCAAAAGGUGGCGGCCAUUGCUGUGGUGGUCAGUGGCAAACAGAGAGAUUGUGAGGAGGAUUUAGCCAAGGCAGAACCAGCUCUGCUCGCUGCUCAGGACGCCCUUAACACUCUGAAUAAGAACAACCUGACAGAGCUGAAGUCGUUUGGCUCUCCGGUGGCGGCGGUGACCAACGUCACAGCGGCUGUCAUGGUCCUGAUGGCACCCGGUGGCAGAGUCCCAAAGGAUCGCAGCUGGAAGGCUGCAAAGGUGAUGAUGGCCAAAGUGGACGCAUUCCUGGAUUCUCUGAUAAAUUUCAACAAAGAGAACAUCCCAGAGGCUUGCCUCAAAGCCAUUCAGCCUUACCUGCAGGAUCCUGAAUUCAAGCCAGAUCUGGUGGCGUCCAAAUCAAACGCGGCGGCCGGCCUGUGCUCCUGGGUUUUAAACAUCGUCAAGUUCUACGAGGUUUACUGCGAGGUCGAGCCGAAACGUCAGGCUCUGAGCAAGGCCAACGCGGAGCUGGCUGCUGCACAGGAGAAACUUUCUGCCAUCAAGAGCAAGAUCAAUCACCUUAAUGAGAACCUGGCCAAGCUGACAGCCAAGUUUGAGAAAGCCACCGCGGACAAGCUCAAGUGCCAACAGGAAGCGGAGGCAACGGCGCGCACCAUUUCUCUGGCCAACCGUCUGGUGGGAGGUUUAGCGUCAGAGAACGUCCGCUGGGCUGAGGCCGUAGAAAACUUCAGGAAACAGGAGAGGACUCUGUGCGGGGACGUGCUCCUCAUCACCGCCUUCAUCUCUUACCUGGGAUACUUCACCAAACGCUACAGGCUCCAGCUGAUGGACAACACCUGGAGGCCUUACCUCUCUCAGCUGAAGAUUCCCAUACCCGUCACCGCCGACUUGGACCCUCUGACCAUGCUGACGGACGACGCAGACAUCGCAGCGUGGCAGAACGAGGGUCUCCCCGCCGACCGGAUGUCAACUGAGAACGCCACCAUCCUCACUUCCUGCCAGCGCUGGCCGCUCAUGGUGGACCCCCAGCUGCAGGGCAUCAAGUGGAUCAAAAACAAAUACGGGGAAGGUCUACGUGUGAUCCGCAUCGGACAGAGAGGGUAUCUGGACGCUGUGGAGCGAGCACUGGGAGAAGGUGACGUUGUUCUUAUCGAGAACUUGGAGGAAACGUUGGAUCCUGUUCUGGGACCUCUGCUGGGAAGAGAAACCAUCAAGAAGGGCAGGUACAUAAAGAUCGGAGACAAGGAGUGUGAGUAUAAUCCCAGUUUCCGCCUCAUCCUCCACACAAAGCUGGCCAGUCCUCAUUACCAGCCCGAGCUGCAGGCCCAGUGCACCCUGAUCAACUUCACCGUGACCAGAGAUGGGCUGGAGGACCAGCUGCUGGCCGCCGUGGUCAGCAUGGAGAGACCUGACCUGGAGCAGCUGAAGUCCGACCUGACGAAGCAGCAAAACGGUUUCAAGAUCACUCUGAAGACGCUGGAGGACAACCUGCUGUCCCGUCUGUCCUCGGCUUCAGGGAACUUCCUGGGAGACACGGAGCUGGUGGAGAACCUGGAGACGACCAAACGCACCGCGGCUGAGAUCGAAGAAAAGGUAAAAGAAGCCAAGGUGACAGAGGCUAAAAUCAACGAGGCUCGGGAGCACUACAGACUGGCAGCGGCGCGGGCUUCCUUAUUGUACUUCAUAAUGAACGACCUCAAUAAAAUCCACCCCAUGUACCAGUUCUCUCUCAAGGCCUUCAGCGUGGUCUUCCAGAAAGCGGUCUUGAAGGCCGAGCCGGACGAGGCUCUGAAGCAGCGGGUGUCCAACCUAAUAGACAACAUCACGUCCUCGGUGUUCCAGUACACCACCAGAGGCCUGUUUGAGUGUGACAAGCUCACGUACAUUGCUCAGCUUGCCUUCCAGAUCCUGCUGAUGAAUAAAGAAAUCAACCCUGCAGAGCUGGACUUCCUUCUGAGAUACCCCGUCCAACCAGGUGUAACAUCACCUGUGGAUUUCCUGUCCAACCACUCGUGGGGAGGGAUCAAGUCCCUGUGCUCCAUGGACGAGUUUAGGAACCUGGACCGGGACAUCGAGGGCUCGGCCAAACGCUGGAAGAAGUUGGUAGAGUCAGAGUGUCCAGAGAAGGAGAAAUUCCCUCAGGAGUGGAAGAAUAAAACGUCACUGCAGAGGCUGUGCAUGAUGCGAGCUCUGAGGCCGGACCGCAUGACGUACGCUGUGAGAGACUUUGUAGAGGAGAAACUGGGGAGCAAGUAUGUGAUUGGCAGAUCACUGGACUUCGCUGUCUCCUUUGAAGAGUCGGGUCCAGCUACGCCCAUGUUCUUCAUCCUCUCUCCUGGAGUUGACCCUUUGAAGGAUGUGGAGAAACAUGGGAAGAAGCUCGGUUUCACAUUCGACAACAAAAACUUCCACAACGUGUCCCUGGGUCAGGGUCAGGAGAUUAUCGCCGAGCAGGCCCUGGAUGUGGCGGCUAAGAACGGACACUGGGUCAUAUUACAGAACAUCCACCUGGUGGCUCGCUGGCUCGGGACGUUAGAGAAACUUCUGGAGCAGCACGCAGAGGGCAGCCAUGAGGACUUCAGGGUGUUUGUCAGCGCCGAGCCGUCCUCCACCCCUGAAGGCCACAUCAUCCCGCAGGGCAUCCUGGAGAACUCCAUCAAGAUCACCAACGAGCCGCCGACCGGGAUGCAUGCUAACCUGCACAAGGCUCUGGAUAACUUUAACCAGGACACUCUGGAGCUGUGUGCAAAGGAGAACGAGUUUAAGAGCAUUUUGUUCGCCCUGUGUUACUUCCACGCCGUGGUGGCAGAGAGGAGGAAGUUUGGUCCCCAGGGCUGGAACAGAUCGUACCCGUUUAACACCGGAGACCUCACUAUCUCCAUCAACGUCCUCUACAACUACCUGGAGGCCAAUCCAAAGGUGCCCUUUGAUGACCUGCGCUACCUGUUCGGUGAGAUCAUGUACGGGGGUCACAUCACAGACGACUGGGACCGCCGUCUGUGUCGGACGUACCUGGAGGAGUUUAUAAAGCCGGAGAUGAUGGAGGGGGAGCUGCACCUGGCGCCUGGAUUCCCCCUGCCUGGAAACAUGGACUACAACAGCUACCACCAGUACAUUGAUGACACCCUACCUGCUGAGUCGCCCUACCUGUACGGCCUUCACCCCAACGCUGAGAUCGGCUUCCUGACACAAACCUCUGAGAAGCUUUUCCGCACCGUGCUGGAGAUGCAGCCCAGAGACGGGGGCGUCGGCGAGGGAGGAGGAACGACACGCGAGGAAAAGGUGCGUGCCGUGCUGGAGGAGAUCAUGGAGAAGCUCCCGGAGGAGUUCAACAUGGCCGAGCUGCUGGGGAAGGCGGAGGAGAGGACUCCCUACCAGGUGGUGGCGCUGCAGGAGUGUGAGCGCAUGAACCUGCUGACUCAGGAGAUCAGACGCUCCCUCCGCGAGCUCAACCUGGGACUCAAGGGCGAGCUAACCAUGACCAGCGACAUGGAGAGCCUUCAGAACGCCAUCUUCCUGGACCUGGUUCCUGACAGUUGGACAAAGCGGGCGUACCCGUCCAUGUGCGGCCUCGCUCUGUGGUUCACAGACCUGUUAGUCAGGAUCAGGGAGCUGGAGACCUGGUCGGCUGACUUCAUCUUACCCUCUGCAGUGUGGCUCGCCGGCUUCUUCAACCCGCAGUCCUUCCUCACCGCCAUCAUGCAGGCCAUGGCUCGCAGGAACGAGUGGCCUCUGGACAGCAUGGGUCUGCAGUGUGACGUCACCAAGAAGAACCGCGAGGACUUCACUUUACCUCCUCGUGAAGGAGCGUACGUCCACGGCCUGUACAUGGAGGGAGCGCGCUGGGACACACAGACUGGUCUGAUUGUCGACGCUCGGAUGAAGGAGCUCACGCCGACAAUGCCGGUCAUCUUCAUCAGGGCGGUGCCCGUGGACAAACAGGAGAACAGGAACGUGUACCAGUGUCCCGUCUACAAGACCCGACAGAGAGGACCCACCUACGUGUGGACCUUCAACCUGAAGACCAAAGAAAACCCCUCAAAGUGGACUUUAGCCGGAGUGGCCCUGCUCCUGCAGAUCUAACAGGAGGUCAGGUUCAGGAGCGGGUUGUGGUGACAUCCGGGUCUAAAGUUUCUGUCUUACUUCUAUAAGCUGAAUAGAAAAGACAUAAAAAAACAACACUCAGGGGUUCUGUAUCGGGGUCUGGAUUGACAGAAUGAAAUAAUGUGAGCAAACUUUAGAGAGAUUAUUGAGUGAAUGUUUAACUCACUUCAUGACACAUCUCUCACCUCAUGCUCAUAAGACCACUCCUCCCUUUUCCAGAGUUUUUUAUUGUGGGGCUUAUCAUGCCUUUAUUUUAAAGAUGUUAAGUACAAUGUUUCCAAGAAGCACCUGAAGGCAGCGAUAGGACAGUGGAUCGAGUCAAGAAUCAGGGAGAGAGAGAGACAUGGGACGACAUG